AUUUUGCCCGUCGGCGACACGGAGGUCUUUCAAACUUGCAUUCGUUCGAGAAAGUCAGUUCCAUACCAGGCCGUCUAUACCAAGUGACCUACACCAGCCCGACAUGGACACGGGAACACCACCAUCUGCCAACGUUUACGUUGCCGGCUUUCUCAUCCAAAUUACGGGCAUUCUCGUGCAAAGCUGGACCCUGUAUCAAUGCGUGCGAGGCCUUCGUCGCAAAACCCAUGGGAACUACCUGUCGUUUGACCACAUCUUCACCUACAUGCAUGUCCUCCUCUGGGUCUACCAAUUGAGCAACCUUUUCUUCGUCGCCUUUAUCACUUUGAAGCCGGAUACGUAUGGAUACAGAGUGUUGCUGAUAAUCAAUGACUGGUCGUAUCUGUCGUUGACGGGAUUGUACGCUGGAUUCGUGAUCAGACGAUAUGGAAAGGUUUAUGGAGUUUUGAAUAGAAAGUUUGGAACAAAGUGGCUGCCGAUACUGAUGUGGGUGACCGGCGCUAUCUGGUGCAUCACUGCUCUUCCGUGUGGUAUUUUCGAUCUUGUUGCCCUUAUCCAGACACGCACAGGCGUUCCUUCAUGGGAACCUUCGAGCGAUCAGAUCAACGGCGUUCUCCUGAUCUUUGCUUGGGACGUCUACCUCCUCAUCGCCGACGUUACGGUAUCCUCCCUGCUCUAUUUCCGUCUCCGCAAUACUCUUCGAGACCGGAAAGGUGCUUUGCCGAAUAACGGCACCCCACAACCUCAACAGCCCGCCAGAAAACCGCAGACAUCAGGUCUACAACACCCUCAGCAGUCCCGCAGUGCACUUUGGACCCCAGAUGGGUCCACGGGCUUAGUUGAUCCCACUGGGGUUGCGUUUGCGGUGCUUCAACAAGAAACACCGACCUUGUUUGAGGACCUUGGGGAAGCCAAACUCACACCCCCAGAGAACUCGGCCUCAAAAUCACCUCGCGUGCCGGCAGGCAUGCCCCCCGCUUCUAGCGAUCCCUCCACUUCUCGAAUACCUCGCGUGCCCACAGGCGUUGGACCAUCCGCUAGCCUGUGGUCGCAGUCUGAAUCCAGGCUUCAACCGACCGCGGACAACAAUUCUACCUUCAAACUGAACCGCCUGCCAGGUGGUGUCAGACCUCUUCGUACCAAGCUCCUCACCGAAGCGAAAGUAGCCCUCCUCCUGCGACGAAGCACCAUCGGAAUCAUAUUCCUCGUUUUAUUCACCUUCUUGGGCGCGAUUCUCUUGCUCGUCGGUAACCUGUUCAUGGUCGACGAUGGGGACGCUUACAAUCUCGGUUAUGUCGUUACGACGCAAUUGGCGUACUGUAUCCCGGUCUUCCACGGGAGAUUUGCUAUGAUAUACGUGAAGGCUGUGAAGCACUUGACGAAAGGCUUGAGGAUAUGAGUGCACCCUUGUAUAUCGAGUAUCAAAGGGCAGAUAUAAAUGAAGCAAUAUAUGGAUAUUUGUCAGACACGCCAGCUGGGGUUUGUUUGGUCGAUUGGAAUUACGAACGCAAAACGGUCAAUGCCCUGUGCUUGUUGGAACACCAUGGUUCAGAUGCUGGGAUGUGCCUCCGAGCGAGCCGAUCGACUCCGACUUCUCGUUGAUCAUUUCGAUACGCAUAAUGAGUGGAAUGUUCUUGAGCCGGCUGCUGAAAAGCCAGUCAGCGCGUCUUCCUCCUCCGUUGAUGUUGAAGCCCCUCCGUACGACGCCGAGCCGGCACAGCACGAUCUCAUCGAUCGACACUUGUUGUUGCACAUGGGUGAAGAAGCGCCUGGAAGUACCCAGAGGUCCCUUUAUCACAUACUUUAUUAGCUGACAAUCGGAUUGAUUGGCUGGAUGGCUGGGAUAAUCGAAUUUUGUAUGGCAAAGAAGUAAACGCGCUCACCGAC